GGCUCUCGGGCUGCAGUGGGAGGGAGAGGGCGAGUCUCAUGUGCUCCGCGAACAGCGGGGCGGCGGCACAGGUCGGAGACGGUUCCGGAGAGGACGGGAUCCAGGAAUCCAACGUGUUGGUGGCUCUCAGGAUUCGGCCUUUGAAUGGAUCCGAGGUCAGGAGAGGGACUCAGUCCGUGCUGCAGUGCCCUGGACCCAACACGGUGCAGGUGAACCUGGGUGUCAGGGAGAAGAUCUUCACGUUUAACGCGGUGUUUGACCAGGAAGCCUCCCAGCAGGACAUCUUCGAUCGCUGCAACAUGCAGCGGCUGAUCAGCUUGGCCUUGACAGGGUACGCCUGCACCGUGUUUGCUUUUGGUCAGACGGGAUCAGGAAAGACCUUCACGGUGACGGGACCAGUUACAAUGUGUGCUGGUGGCUGUCGGGAAGCCAGGCUGAGUGGGUUGAUGUGCCGAUCGCUGGCUGCGUUACUGGAGGAGGCGCGGGGCAGGAGUGCGCAGUUCACCUUCUCGGCCUCCUACCUGGAGAUUUACAACGAGCAGGUCAGGGACCUCCUAAAUCCUCGGCUCUCAGACUCGCUGCCUGUGCGCUGGAGUAAACACCGAGGCUUCUACGUGGAGAAUCUCUUCAGUGCAAAGUUUCAGAGUCUGCAGAAGAUUGUGGGUCUUCUCGAGGAAGGCACCAGGAACAGGCAGACUUCCGCACACCACCUGAAUGGGAACUCCAGUCGGUCUCACACACUGCUCACCAUCGAGAUCGAGAGCGAGGCGGCAGAUCACAUCCACAGCCCUGGGUUCGUCUCCAAACACGGGAAGCUGUGCUUUGUCGACCUUGCGGGGAGUGAAAGGGUUAAAGAGACAAGAUCAACCGAGGAAAUGAUUAUAGAGGCCAAUAAUAUCAAUCGCAGCCUGCUGGCACUGGGGAACUGUAUCUCGGCGCUUGUGGAUUGCAGGAAGCGAGAGGGUCACAUCCCGUACAGGGACAGCAAACUGACCAAACUGCUGGCGGAGUCGCUGGGAGGAUCCGGAGUCACCCUCAUGAUCGCCUGUGUCUCACCCUCGCCGCUCAGCCUGGCCGAGACCAUGAGCACCUUACGCUUCGCGAGCAGAGCCCGAAGGGUAAAGAACCGACCAGCUGUCAGACUGGACCCAAAAGACAAGCUAAUUGUGGGCUUGCAGCGAGGGAUUAGGGUGUUACAGACCGAGAACAUGUCACUACGACAACAGCUUCAGCUCCCGCUUGCCCACAGCAACGAGAAAAUCCUCAAUGAUCCCGGGGACCGGUGCUGUGAUGAUUGUGGAUGCGGCUGUACGUUGCUGGCGUCAGCGUCACAGCACAGUCUGUACGAGAUGCUACAGGAGUUUGUGAUCGAGAACGAGCAGCUGAGGCAGGAGAAACAGCAGCUGCUGAGCAGUCAGGAGAGCAGUCGCUGUGAGCACAGACUCCUUCUUCAGCAGAACCGCAGACUGUCCCGUAAGCUGUGCCGCCUGGAGAGAGCCAUCCUCUCCUCCCCUCACGGCCUCUCUCGCUGCCAGUCGGGUUGUUCCUGUCACAGUGUGGAGAGCUGUGAGAGCCAGACUCAGCCUCCGGGGGAACGCAGCUGUUCCAGAUACAGACAGGUCAGCGAGGUCCUGAAUGACCAUGGACCCCUCCUCCUGCCCCCCUCAACGCCCCCCAUCGUGCCGUCUGCUCCCCCACUGCCCACACCCCCCCGCCUCAGGUCAGAGGUCACCCUGCCACUGAGGAGGAGCAGCAACGAAACGUCGUCAGGCAAACCCUCUGCAGCUGAACCCCGCGGCAACACAGAGAUUAAACCCGACUGCUGGGAACCACGGCUCGGUCCUGUCGCUCGUCUCCAUGGUAACCCGGGGAGGCAAACGCCAGAAAGAGAAUGUUCAGAUAUCAACACCGCGUCCAGCCUGUGUCCAGCCUCAGGGAAAUAAUAAAAUGCAAUAAAACUAAA